AGAAGUAAAAUUAAUGCCCGGUGGAUUGGAUGGUUUCAUAAAUAACGUAAGAAUGUAUGACAACAUGUCCACGAUGGUGUAUAUAAAGGAAGACAAGUUGGAGAAGCUGACACAGGAUGAAAUCAUUUCUAAGACAAAGCAAGUGAUUCAGGGGCUGGAAGCUCUGAAGAAUGAGCACAAUUCCAUUUUACAAAGUUUACUUGAGACACUGAAGUGUUUGAAGAAAGAUGAUGAAAGUAAUCUGGUGGAAGAGAAGUCAAACAUGAUCCGGAAGUCGCUGGAAAUGCUGGAGCUUGGCCUGAGUGAGGCACAGGUCAUGAUGGCUUUGUCCAAUCACCUGAACGCUGUUGAGUCCGAGAAGCAGAAACUGCGUGCACAGGUUCGUCGGCUCUGCCAGGAGAACCAGUGGCUGCGGGACGAACUCGCCAAUACGCAACAGAAAUUACAGAAGAGCGAGCAGUCUGUGGCUCAACUGGAGGAGGAAAAGAAGCAUCUGGAAUUCAUGAAUCAGUUAAAAAAAUACGAUGAUGACAUCUCUCCAUCCGAGGACAAAGACACCGAUUCCACCAAAGAGCCUCUGGAUGACCUUUUCCCGAAUGACGAUGAUGAUCCCGGGCAAGGAAUCCAGCAGCAGCACAGCAGUGCGGCGGCGGCCGCGCAGCAGGGCGGCUACGAGAUCCCGGCGCGGCUGCGCACCCUCCACAACCUGGUCAUCCAGUACGCCUCUCAGGGCCGCUACGAGGUGGCCGUGCCGCUCUGCAAGCAGGCCCUGGAGGACCUGGAGAAGACUUCCGGCCACGACCACCCAGACGUGGCCACCAUGCUGAACAUCCUGGCUCUGGUGUACAGAGACCAGAAUAAAUACAAAGAUGCCGCUAAUCUACUGAACGAUGCCUUGGCCAUCCGUGAGAAAACUUUGGGCAAAGAUCAUCCCGCGGUGGCAGCAACUCUGAAUAACCUCGCAGUUCUUUAUGGCAAAAGAGGGAAGUACAAAGAGGCCGAACCGCUGUGUAAAAGAGCUCUGGAGAUCAGAGAAAAGGUUUUGGGAAAGGAUCACCCCGACGUUGCCAAGCAGUUAAAUAACUUGGCCUUACUGUGCCAGAAUCAGGGCAAGUACGAGGAAGUAGAAUAUUAUUAUCAAAGAGCCCUCGAGAUCUACCAAACAAAACUGGGGCCCGAUGACCCCAAUGUGGCCAAAACGAAAAAUAACCUGGCAUCCUGCUAUCUGAAGCAAGGAAAAUUCAAGCAAGCAGAAACACUGUACAAAGAGAUUCUCACUCGUGCACACGAAAGGGAGUUUGGUUCUGUAGAUGAUGAAAAUAAACCCAUUUGGAUGCAUGCUGAAGAAAGAGAAGAAUGCAAAGGAAAGCAAAAGGACGGGACAUCUUUUGGAGAGUAUGGCGGCUGGUACAAAGCCUGCAAAGUUGAUAGUCCGACUGUUACAACUACUUUGAAAAACCUUGGGGCACUUUACAGACGUCAGGGCAAAUUUGAAGCUGCAGAAACAUUGGAAGAAGCAGCCAUGAGGUCCCGUAAACAGGGUCUUGACAAUGUUCACAAACAGAGAGUAGCUGAAGUGCUGAAUGACCCUGAGAACAUGGAGAAGCGCAGGAGCCGGGAGAGCCUGAACGUGGACGUGGUCAAGUACGAGAGCGGCCCUGACGGAGGGGAGGAAGUGAGUAUGAGCGUAGAGUGGAACGGGGAUGGCACUGGAUCUUUAAAGCGCAGUGGUUCCUUUAGCAAACUCCGGGCUUCAAUUAGACGCAGCAGUGAGAAGCUGGUUAGGAAGCUGAAGGGAGGAAGUUCUCGAGAGAGUGAGCCAAAGAACCCCGGCAUGAAGCGUGCCAGUUCCCUGAAUGUCCUUAACGUGGGUGGCAAGGCCGCUGAAGACCAUUUCCAAGAACGAAAUACUUGUCUGGCAGACUCGCGAGCUCUGAGUGCCAGCCACACUGACCUGGUCCACUGAGGGCUGAGGCAGAGCUAGAUAAACCCCCUGAGACUAAUGAAGCACUGAGACCCUCCAAGCUUUGCCACGCCCCUCCCCCCGCUGCAGGGGACCCACCUCCCGGGUUGCUUCCUUUCCUAGAUAGUGCCGUCCACCAGCUCGUGGGGGUUUGUCCCGAGUUCUGUUAAGCUGGCUGCAGUGCUAGCGACCAAGAGCUGCUGACGCGUGAGCUUGAGACCGGCCGGGCAUGGCGGCCCACGGCGGCCCACGCGGCCCCGGCAGCUGGCUUCAGCACGUUCAGGUCGGCUGCUGCCCAUGGAUGCUUGUCCUUCCUGCCAUUACACCAGAAUCGAUUUUAUAUUUUAAUACUGUAUCAGGGCUGUAAACGGAAGCUCUGGAACUUUGCACCCUUCUAGACUAAGCAUUUGAUGAGCUCUGGCAGUGCUGCCUGGAAUUCAGAGAGUGGGUGACUUGCCAGUGGGUCUGGGUCUCUGCUGAGUCCCCGCACCUGCAGUGUGUCCCCUCCACGGCUCUGCCGGAUGCUCCGCGGGCUCUUGAGCCCGCCCCUGCGGAGCCCGUUUUCCCUCUGCCGGCCCCUGAGUGCUGAGCAGGCAGAGAUGUGGGAGUUAUCUUUAAAAAGCUUUUCUUUGUAGCGUUAAGUAACACGGGGUAGGUUUUGACAGGAACAUUUCCCAGUCCCCCAGGGUCCUACCCGUGAGGGGAUGCGUGAGGCUCACGGGUGGGUUUAGGACGUGCUGAGCAGACGACAAGGGGUUUGUGGCUCCUGGUGGCAGCGGCGGUGAGAAGGGCCUCGUCCGGGCCAGUGGGCGGGAGUGUGAAGACGCAGCAGGUAGAUGAGGGGGAUCGAGAAACUCAGAGCGUCCCUGUGUAUGCUCCUGCUUGUGACUUUAAUGUUCGGUGGUGUCACCGCAAGGGUACAUGCUUUUGUUUGUCCUCAGCCACGUCUCCCUCCUGAAUUGCACUCUGCGGGGGUACGUGCUCACCGGGACUCCCUGAGGGGUCGCCCGGGGGGCCUCCACAUACUGCACAUGUCCUUCAGGGGCUGUGGGCUGGAAACUGUUCAGAAAUGUCCCAUCAUUUAAGACCAUAGGAGCACGUGGCCUCGCCCGCCGGUGUUUGUGGCCGUGUGCUCGUUCCCGCCCAGGGACCGGCGCUCUGUGUCCUGCCUGCAGGUGUCCUGCCUGCAGGUGUCCUGCCUGCAGGAGCCUUGCGUCUGGCGUCUUUCCGCAGCGCCCGGCUGGCCCGGCUGGCCCGGCGUUGCAGCUCCCGAGGGACCAGGAACGGACUUUGUAAACGCUCUCCAGGGUUGGUUUACACAUGGGACGGGUUGUGAGACGCUCGAGCCAAGAGAACGCGGGAGCCGUGUCCCCGCAGAGGCCUUGUGCGCUCUGCACUUGCCCUCGAGGCGCGGGGGCUGCCAGGGCGUGGUGUGGCUGCUGGGGAGGGUCCCGGGAGCUGCCCCCUCCCCUCGGUCCCCGGUGCUCCUCGGGCCACGAAGCGAAUCCAGUGCAUUGGAAACCUACCCCGUGGCCCUUAGUGACGCUUCCAUCUGGAGAGCAUGGGGCUGAGAACGGGAUUUACCGUUACGCUCUCAGCUGGUGGAAACGGGCCACCGUGCAGGGGCCUUGGUCAGAUCGCCCCACUUGGUUCUCUGAGGGCCGAGGUUGCCUUGUGGGGCUGUGAGGAAAUGUGGCCGGGGUGAGAGAAACCAGGCGGCCUCCUUAAAGCAGGUCGUAAGAAACCUUCCUGUCUCAGGGGACACUGCCUGGAAAUCUGUGAUUUUUGAACUUGUAUCAAAACAGAAACGAGCCUGGUUAUCACUACUUCACUCAAGUCUUGUGUGGAUUUUAACGUUCUCGAAGAGAGAAGCAGUGGGGGUGGCUGUCCCUCGUCCGCAACGUUUUCCUUUCUUGGUGAGGCGAUCCUUAGAGCGUCAGCACCCACUGUACAUCGUUCCUGUCCCGUUCGAGCCCCGGCCAGCGGACAGGCAGGAGGGGGACAGGAGCCGGCCACGGUCCGCAGAGCGCCCUCCCCGGGUCGUCAGGGUGGAGGCCGUGGCAGGCCUGGGCCUCCCGACCCUCCCGGCUCUCCCCCAGGCAGCCGACCCGGCAGCUCACGGGGCCAGCGGGCUCUGUGGUGCUUGCUUUGUAUUUACGGUAUCGGAGGGAGUCUGUUAUUUCCUGGAAUUAAAAAAUUCCUAUCAUUUGUUUGUUCAGAAAGCUGCUAGAAAUAGCAUGUAAUGAGAAAUUCAGUGUUUAUGGUAACAUAAAUAUUGCUAAGAAUACAUCGUUUAUAGUUCAUAGAACAGACUGCCCGUCGUCAUAACUUUGUAGAAUGUUCUUGGGAAGCACGGAGAGGAGAUGUUUAUAUGUGCACUUCUUCCUGAGCAGUACGCUGUACGGUCCUCAAACUUCUGAAAAUUCUGAAGUGGUAAAGCAGCGACCGAGGGUGAGGUUCCCAUCAGCAGAGGGCGUCCCGUCAGGGUGCACCGCAUGCUACGUGUGACGGGGGCAGGCCUAAAGACGCGCACUGUUCCACAUUUGUCCCCAUCGUCCUCGGGGGAACCCUCGGGGCGGGGGGACCCCAGGUCUGUGAGGCCUGCCUGACAGCACUGAGGAGUGCAUGGGACAGAGGGGAUGGUGCAGGGCCCGGGAGUCUGGGCCCUCUGUGUCACGGGGAGACUGCCCUGCUGCAGGGGUGUCCCUCUGGGACGUGUGGGCAGGGGCCCCAGCACUGGUGUGCAUCCCCCCAGGAGUGGCCCGUCUGCCACGUGUACACUCUGUCUUGGAUUGUAGUUUCCUCACUGUUAGUGUGAUUUGCCUAGAAAAUAAUUUGGGAUUGUUUAUUAUUUAAUUACGAAAAUAAAAUGGUUUAUUUCAUGGUGUGAAGUCCCUGCACUUGCAGAAAGGCUUUUAUAAAAUUGCAGCCCUGAAAGACCUUUUUCCUGUUUAUACUGGCCAUUCUUACCCUUUUGAGGGCCACAGACUAUUUUAACAAGGGGAUAGAAAUUACAAAUGAAUGUUUCUGCUCUAGAAAAUGUCCAAACAGAAGGAGUCUGCCCAGUCCCAGGGACCUCUGCCUCCACCCCCAGUACUGGGUCAGGCGUGUGCCUGUCUUCCUGGCACCAGCCCGGGGUCAGUGUCCGGCUCAUGGAACUGCGGCGGGGGGAUGGCCAAGUCACUGGACUGCUCUGUGCCUCAGUGUCCCUGAGACCAAGGAUGGUCACUCCCCAUCCCCAGGGGCUGGGGAGAAGACCUGCAUCAGCGUGGAGGAGUUACUUAGGGCAGAGUCUGGCGGAGAGCGAGCUGUGGUGAGGGGGGCAUGGGGCACACGGGGAGGCCUCGUCGGGCAGCUCAUCCGUGCGCACGGCCUCCCUGCCGUGGAGAAGGUGCAGCCAACACUGUCAAGCACAUCCUGACCCAGCGAUGGGUGUGCGGGGUCGUCAGCCCCCUGUGCCUGCAGAGCGGGGAAGGGGCGGCCAGAACCUGCGGCCGACCCACAGCUGCCGUGUCAGCAGGACACGGUCCCAGGAGUCCCUCGCACUCCCUCUGCAUUGACUGUGUAGG